GUCCUACCCAGAGUUGCUACGUCACAACAGAGAACAACGUAGGCAUGCUGCCGCGGAAAGAAGAGAAAAUAAAAGAGAAGAACGUGCUUUGAUGGAAGAAUUGGGCAGGAAAUUGACAUGGGCUGAAAAGUCAACUAUCGCUCUGAGGAAACAUCACCCAGAACUAAAAGAUGUUUGGGGCGACCUGGAGGCUAGUAUACCCAUUAUUGUUCCGCAAAAAGCAGAACAACCGGCGACGUUGAAAGUCACGCUACUGCCCUUUCAAAAGGAGAGUUUAUUCUGGAUGAGGAAGCAAGAGAAAGGUAUAUGGAAAGGUGGCAUGUUGGCGGAUGAGAUGGGCAUGGGUAAAACUAUCCAAAUAAUAUCGUUAUUUGUUUCCGAUAUGAAGAAGCCGAAUCUUGUCGUAGCACCUACUGUUGCAGUAAUGCAGUGGAGGAACGAAAUCAACACACAUACGGAAGGGAUGAAGGUCCUCGUUUGGCACGGGGCAUCGCGGGUCAACGAUAUCAAGGAACUGAAGAAAUACGACGUGGUCCUAACAACCUUUGCCGUGCUAGAAAGCUGUUUCCGCAAGCAGCAGAGCGGUUUCAAGCGAAAGGGCUUGAUUGUCAAGGAGAAAUCUCCAUUACAUUUGAUCAAGUGGAACAGGAUCAUCCUUGAUGAAGCACAUAACAUCAAAGAACGUUCCACUAACACCGCCAAAGCAUGCUUUGAGCUUGACAGCAAUUAUAAGUGGUGUCUCUCUGGGACACCUUUACAAAACCGUGUCGGCGAGUUGUACAGUCUAGUGCGAUUUUUGGGUGGUGACCCAUUCUCGUACUACUUCUGCAAGAAAUGCGAUUGCAAGUCCUUGCAUUGGAAAUUCACUGAUAAGAGGAAUUGCGAUGAUUGUGGUCAUAGUCCGAUGCAGCACACGUGCUUCUGGAAUAAUGAAAUCUUGACACCCAUUCAGAAGAACGGGAUGAUCGGUCCCGGCAAGUGGGCAUUCAAGAAACUGAAGAUUCUUUUAGAUAGGAUGAUGCUCCGCAGGACGAAGAUACAAAAAGCAGAUGACCUGGGGCUCCCUCCAAGGACUGUGAUCGUCAGAAGGGACUUUUUCAGUCCUGAAGAAAAGGAGUUAUACCUAUCGCUUUUCUCGGACGCAAAGCGUCAGUUUACUACUUAUGUGGACUCUGGAACUGUCUUGAACAAUUAUUCAAAUAUUUUCAGUUUACUGACUCGUAUGAGACAAAUGGCUUGUCAUCCUGAUCUUGUUCUUAGAAGCAAAGCCAAUGGUUCCACCUUUCUUGGUAGCAACGAACCAGGCGAAGCGACAGUUUGUAGGUUAUGCAAUGACGUCGCAGAGGAUGCCAUUCAGUCGAAAUGCCGUCACAUCUUCGAUCGUGAAUGCAUCAAGCAGUAUCUGGAUACCGUUGGCGAUAUAUCUCCUCAGUGUCCCGUGUGCCAUCUACCACUGACUAUCGAUCUUGAAGCCCCUGCACUAGAAUUGGAAGCGAAUGUUCCUAAUGCUCGUCAGGGUAUCCUUGGACGUUUGGAUCUCGAUGCUUGGCGUUCCUCGUCUAAAAUAGAAGCACUUGUAGAAGAGCUUUCCAAUCUUAGGGCACAUGAUAACACGACCAAGAGUCUCGUCUUCAGUCAGUUCGUCAAUUUCCUUGACCUUAUCGCCUUUAGGCUUCAGAAAGCUGGCUUCCGAAUCUGUCGGCUCGAAGGGACGAUGAGUCCUCAAGCUAGAGAUGCAACUAUUCAACACUUCAUGAACAAUGUUGAUGUUACGGUUUUCCUUGUCAGCCUGAAAGCUGGAGGUGUAGCUCUAAAUUUGACAGAAGCCUCUCGGGUUUAUCUGAUGGACAGUUGGUGGAAUCCUGCGGUGGAGUAUCAGGCUAUGGAUCGUAUUCAUCGUUUGGGUCAACACCGACCUGUGCAGGCUAUCAAACUCGUGAUCGAGGACAGCAUCGAGAGUCGUAUUGUUCAGCUACAGGAAAAGAAAUCAGCAAUGGUUGACGCAACAUUAUCGGCGGAUGACUCGGCGAUGGGUCGACUUACUCCGGACGAUCUCGGAUUCUUGUUCAGACUCUGAGCUUUCGGUGGACAGUGCGAGAAACAUCGGUGAUAUAAUUACCACAUAAUUAUCUUAUUGUACAUUAUCUUGCUUUAUGUAUACGCGGAUUCACGUCGUGAAAGACAUGAACCUGCAACGCAAGACAUUCAGGUUCCCCGCA